CCCCAUCUUAUCAUUCAACCACCACGGCUGAUCAAUGGUUGAUUAUAACAUUGUUUAUCCCCCUCUUUUUCUUAUCCAAUACCAGCAUCUGCUUGGCUUCCUUGCCGACAGGGUGCCUGCGGGUGCCAAUCACCAGUCCCCACGCCCUCUACCGGCUCGGCUAUCAAAUGCACUUAUCAACAAUCUUCAUAAUCAGUCCCUCAGUCCAUAGAACAACUCCUCAAGGGAUUAAUCCCCAGGGCUUAUAUAGCCCAAGCUAAACCACCCUAAUUGCGUCGAAUACAACUCCCCAAUCUCUGCAUUCUCAACUGAGCUCACCCACCAUGGAAUAUACCAAACAACCCUAUCUCCAAUUCCUGGCCCAACACGGCUACAUCCAAGGCGUGACUCUGCACGACAAAUCCACCAACAAACCGCUCUGCCGCUACUUCGGCGGCGUCCGCUACGCCCACCCACCUCUGCAACGCUGGCGUAAAGCCCGGAAGCUAUCGCCUUCCUACUCGUACGGCUCCGAACACCAGCCCGGCCAGGCGGACGGACGUACAGGGAUCUGUCCGCAGCCUCGUUUCCUUAACGUGGUAUCGGAGGACGGCUGGACGGAGGACUGUUUCCAGUGUAACAUCUGGCUGCCGAUUGGCGAGGCGCCCAAGGGUGGCUGGCCAGUCCUCUUCUUCAUCCACGGCGGAUUCCUGCAAUUCGGCGAUCCGAACGCCUUCUCGGCCGCGGGCCUCCUCGGCGACGCCGAAUUGAACGCCAUCAUCGUCCUGCCAGCGUACCGACUGAACGUGUUCGGCUUCCUGUACUCGAGCGAGCUAGAAGAAGACGCAGCGUCCGUGAAUGAGAGCGUGGGCAACCACGGCUUCUGGGACCAGCGACUCGCGCUCGAAUGGACAAGGGACCACAUCCAUCUAUUUGGAGGCAAUCACUCCGAAAUAACAGUAGCAGGAUACUCAGCUGGAGCCUACUCAACCUUCCACCAACUAUCCUACGACCUAACCCAACCACCAUCAACCUCAAUAAUCAAACGCAUCUGCAUCUGGUCCAACAGCCCGGUAGCACAACCCAAACCCCCACCAACCGCCCAAACGCAAUUCACGCAACUCCUCAUGCACCUCAACAUCCCCCUCACCCUCCCACCCAGCCUCAAACUCCAACACCUCCGCACAACCCCCGCACCAACCCUCCUCAAAGCCGCAAUGUCCCUACCAACAAACAACCAAUUCCGACCUACAACCGACGGCACAUUUAUCCCCGGAAACCUCUUCGCCAGCCUCGACGACGGCACCUUCGCAAACCGGGUCCGGGAACGGGGCAUCCGGAUCCUAUGCGGAGAGUGUCGCGACGAGCGUAACCUCUACGCAAAUUGGUUCCCACCCGCGGAGGAUUCGUUGCCUGCGCUGCGGGACCGGCUGCUGGCGGAGUAUCCGGACGUCUUGGUGGAGACGCUCCUGGCGCUGUACUACCCCGACGGGGAAUUACCCGCGGGCGUGGAGAAUUGGCGGACGGAUGCGUUUGGGCGCGUGUAUGCUGAUAUGCAGGUGCAUAAGAUGCAGAGGGGGUUGGUGCAUGUCUUGGCGUCCGGGGCUGCUGAGACGGCCAGCUGCAGCGAGGGAGAUGGUACCCCCGAGCAACAAGAAGAGAAUCUUGUGUAUCGGUAUCGCAUCGAAUAUCGUCUCAAGUGCGCGGAUAAGUCCAUCCCUCCCAGCUGGGGCGUGACCCAUGCCACUGAUCAGUAUAUCUGGUUCUGGGGCAAUGGCGAGCGCAUCGAGCCUGAAGAGAGGCCCGUGAUCUGGUAUGCCCUGGUCGAGCCCUUCAAAAAGUUCGUGCAUGGGGAGCGGGACUUGCAGUGGGGGACCAAGGGCCACAAGCAGGUCCGGACCCUGAUGCCCGACGGCUCGGUCCAGAUCAAGGAGGAUGUCUUCUGGGAUGAGGCGAUGCGGGUCUGGAAGGCCUUAAGGGCGGCGGAUGAGUCGGACAGCGCUUCCAGCGCCAAGCUAUAACGAAGAAUAGAAUUCAUUCACCUCUCCUGCUUUGGAAAGAUGUUAUCUGGGAUCCCGGCUGGGGGUUGGAGCACAAACACAUGGUUCGAAUGGCGAUCUGUGCGUAUGUAUGUAAAUGUUCAAUGCGAU